GGGAACGAGAUAUCCAAUCUUGUUGAUUCCGCGAGCUAUGGCCGUCUCCUCCGCUUUCUUCCCCUCUUCGCUCGUCUCUCUUGCGGCCUCCGCCGCGGGCGACCGCGGAUCGGCGUCUUCCACCGUCCCUCGAGUCUUCUCCGCCCCGAUCCCGCGGUUCCCCCCCAACUUCGUGCGCCAGCUGAGCAACAAGGCUCGCCGUAACUGCAGCAACAUCGGGGUCGCGCAGAUCGUCGCGGCUUCGUGGUCGAACAGCUCGUCGUCGUUCGAGGCCCCACGAUCCGCGGCCUCCGCGGACGCUGUUGUGGCACCCGAAGCCGUGUUGGAUAGCGCCAUCGGCGUUGGUGUCUCGGAGAUCCUAAGCAGCCCCGUGGAGUCACAGACGCUGGCGGCGGGGAAGGCGAAGGUUUCUCCCUCUUCUGCGAAGGUUACAGCGACGCUCAGUUUCGACGGGAGUCUCGCGGUUCAUGCUGGUGAGAGAUAUGGGCGUGGUAUAAUCACAGAUGCCAUUACCACUCCUGUUGUUAAUACCUCUGCUUACUGGUUCAACAAUUCAGACGAGCUGAUUGAUUUUAAGGAAAAGAGACAUACUAGUUUUGAGUAUGGAAGGUAUGGUAAUCCUACUACACAGGCAUUGGAGGAGAAAAUGAGUGCCCUGGAAAUUGCAGAAUCCACUGUGUUUGUAUCCUCUGGCAUGUAUGCUAGUGUGGCCUUGCUGUCUACUCUAGUUCCUGCUGGUGGGCAUAUUGUGAUCACCACUGACUGCUAUCGAAAAACUAGAAUUUUCAUUCAGAAUGAACUUCCCAAGAAGGGAAUUUCGGUUACGAUUAUUGAUCCUGCUGACAUUGGUUCUCUGGAAAGUGCACUGGAUCAAAAUAAUGUAUCUCUUUUCUUUUCAGAAUCUCCAACCAAUCCAUUCCUCCGAUGUGUUGAUAUUGAGUUGGUUUCACAACUUUGCCACAACAAAGGGGCCUUGGUUUGCAUAGACAGUACCUUUGCUUCACCGAUCAAUCAGAAGGCCUUGACUCUGGGAGCUGAUCUAGUUUUGAAUUCUGCUACAAAAUUUAUUGCUGGUCACAAUGAUGUUAUUGGUGGCUGCAUCAGUGGUUCAGAGGAGCUUAUCUCCAAAAUUCGCCUGUAUCAUCAUGUUGUAGGUGGUGUUCUUAAUCCUAAUGCCGCAUAUUUGAUUCUUCGAGGCAUGAAGACAUUGCAUCUUCGUGUAAAGGAGCAGAAUAGUACAGCACUUAGGAUGGCCCAACUUUUAGAGGAACAUCCUAAGAUAAUCCGAGUUUAUUAUCCAGGCUUGCAAAGUCAUCCUGAGCAUCACAUCGCCAAGCGUCAAAUGGCUGGUUUUGGUGGUGUCGUCAGUUUUGAGAUGGCUGGAGACCUGGAAACUACUAAGAAGUUCGUUGAUUCUUUGAAGAUACCUUACAUCGCCCCUUCAUUCGGAGGCUGCGAGAGUAUAGUCGACCAACCUGCCAUCAUGUCUUACUGGGACAUUAGUGAGUCAGAAAGGGUAGCCAUGUACGGAAUCAAGAACAAUCUGGUGAGGUUCAGUUUUGGAGUAGAGGAUUUUGAAGAUCUGAAGGCCGACGUCCUUCAGGCGUUGGAAAAGAUUAAUUAACUUGCAUUCAACCAGAUCAAACGGUUUCACGUGCUAUUCCUACUUUUGUUUUUUGUUUUUCUUUUAGACUAAGGCAGGGAGCAAUUGGAUAUUUGUAUUGUUUAAUGACUUUAAUAUUUCUAGUAAUUUGCUUGUCGCAUACUUUUUUGGGUGAUAUAAUUAUCUCCUGAAAUUAUUUACA